UAUGGCAGCAGCUUUAUUUUUACCGGACAACAUUGGCGGCGAUGUGACAAAAUGUUCCAUUUGCUUUGAAACAUUCAAAACUCCACGUACGCUACCGUGUUCACACACAUUUUGUCAUGGAUGUUUAUCGUCAUACAUUGUAUCGUCUUGUGAAAGUAAGGCGGGCCCUGUGGGAUUUCAUUGUCCUCUAUGCCGGGAAUUUACGCCAGCUCCAAAUUUAUCCGGAAAUCCCAGUAAAUGGUGUGAAUAUUUCGGAAUUAAUCAAGUGCUAGUUGAAUUUUCCCAGCAAACGGAGCGUAGAAAAUUAUGUGAUGCCUGCAAAAGAGGAAAUGAAGAGGAAGAGGCAAAGGGUUAUUGUUUGUCUUGUAGCGAGGCCCUUUGUGAAAUCUGUACGAAGUGUCAUAAAACCAGUCGCAUGUCAAUUGAUCACAAAAUUUGCGAUUUAACUGACAUCAAAGCUGUCAGUGAGAUUUCGAAUUUUAAAAAUAAAAAUUGCACAACACACAAAAAUAGGCCAGUGGAGCUUUAUUGCAAUGACCACGAUCAUCUUUGCUGCACAAUGUGUGUUAGUACUGAUCACCGCAAAUGUGACAGCGUGGAAACCAUUGAACAGAAAGCAGAGAAGAUCAGAAAAAGUGGAGCAUUUGAAGCUCUAUAUAAAGAAAUCGAAGAUAUUGAAAACCAACUUUGUAAGACUAAAGAAAAACAGGAGAAAAAUAUUACCCAGAUCGAAGAUGCUACUGAUAAGAUUACGACUGAGAUUCAAAACAUGAAGGUAAAACUUGUUCAGCAUCUAGAAAAGCUUGAGAGUGAGUGUCUAGAUCAAGUAUCAAAAUACUCCAAGGAGGGUAAAGAAAAAAUGUCCAGAAAUGUCGAAUCGGUUAGUGAUAGAAGCCAACUGAUGCGCUGCUGCUUGAAGGAAUUGGAAAAGGUCAAAGGCCGCAACGAUGCUGACGUAGAGUUUGUUAUGGAGUUCCGAAACAGUCAACAAAAACUUGAACACAUUAGAAAUUCUGGAACAGUUUCACUGUAUGGUAGUAUAGAAUCCUCUGUGAGUCUUGAGUUGGAGGCAUUACAAAAUGUUUCAAAGUUUGCAAGCGUAAAAUUUGAUGUGAAAGAGGAAAGAGAGGAAAUAAUAACGAAAACACUCGAAUUAAAAUCGUGCUUACAGCUGACAAAGGAAAAGGCGAUUGAUAUUCGAAGUAUGGUCUUUUUAUCUGAAAGCUGUAUAAUGUUCACAAAUUGGACACCUAAUGGCAGAAUCUUUAUGUAUUCGCUCAACAGUGCUAGUUACGAUUUGAAGCUGGAACACGAAAUAAAUAUUGGAAAUUCGUUUGAUAUAGUCGUGUUAAAUAAAAUUCUAUAUAUGACUGUGGGUAACGAAUUAACAGCUAGGUCUGUUGAUGGACAUGUGGAAAAGUCAUUUGUCUCUACGGAAAAGAAAUAUUUUGGAUUGGCUGUGCACGACGGUUUUCUUUAUGCAGCUUGUUUCAAGUCAAUUGAUAAGCUGAACACGGACUUCAAGAAAAUAAAGACUUAUCCAACAUCAAAUGGCGUUCGAUAUGUUGUGGUCACAAGUAAGGGUCAUAUUGUAUAUAGUACAUGUAAUUUCAUGACAAACAAAGUGACAGCUCUAUACGAUCAGGGGAAUGAAAUAUGGACAUAUAGCAGCCCUGGUCUCAGGCGCCCUUACGGCUUGGACAAAGAUUCUCUGGACAACAUAUAUGUGGCCGGCUACGACAGUAAUAAUGUACACGUAUUGACCAGUGGUGGGACUCUCAUCAAGAUCAUUGAAGAUAUGAAAAACCCAGUCUUCUUCAGAGUGGAUGAAAAGAGAAACAUUUGCUUUGUGUGUAACUCGCAUAAAUAUAUCAGCAUAUAUAAAUGGAAUUAAAAGAGAACUCAUGUUA